AUGGCCCACCGCUCGGUGGACAAGCUCGACGUCAACUGUGUUUCUUCUUCCCCAAAAUUCUCUAAGGAGAAGAACGGGUUGCCCCCGUACAGCGCUAUCGCCGGCCCACCGGCACAGCCAUGGCACCAGGCUGGCCGAAGGCAUGUGAGACGGUCUCGGGCGGUUCGCCUGAUGGCGCUUUCAUUCUUGGCCUUCAUCGUCUACGCGCAAUGGCGACAGAUACCAACCCCUUCUCCUACUGCAAGCGACAGCGACGGGGCGGUGUCGGCCAAUGGCCUGUCCGUAGCCAAGCUUCAGGCCGACCAUGCCAUCUGCUCGAAGCUGCGAGCAACCCCCAGUGACCCAAUUGGCUUGGGUCGUGAGCGCAACGCCAGGUACAUUGAUGGCCACAAGCCUACACUCAUUCGGAAUGCCACUGUCUGGGUUGGUGAGCCUGUUGAGGGGACGUCUGCUGAGGCUGCACGCGCUGGAGAGGGCUGGGAGUGGAUCAGUGCCGAUGUCUUCUUGGAGUAUGGCCUCAUUAAGGAAGUCGGCAAGGAUAUCUCCAUCACCAACCUGCCCAAGGAUACCAUCAUCUGGGAUGCUAAGGGACGUCAACUCACUGCCGGUGUCAUCGACAUGCAUAGCCACUCUGGAGUCGAUUCCCUGCCGGAAUUGAGGGGCAACAGCGAUGUGAACGAGAUGUCAUCGGACACGACACCGUAUGUCCGCUCCAUCGAUGGCAUCCAGCCUACGGACCAUCAGAUUCAAGUAAUCAAGUCCGGCGGUGUCACUACCAGCUUGGUCCUCCCUGGAUCCGGCAACAACAUCGGCGGCGAGGCAUACGUUAUCAAGCAUGCCGUAGGCAAGCCUGACGGUCGUGACGAGAUCAGUGCCGAGGAUAUGCUCGCGGACCCAGACAAAACCUGGAGGUAUAUGAAGAUGGCAUGCGGCGAGAAUGCCAAACGUGUAUAUGGCAAGGUUGGCGAGAGGGGUCCUGUCAGUCGUUUGGGAGAGUCAUGGGAGUUUCGCCAUGCCUUUGAGCAGGCGGCCAAGGUCAACCGCGAGCAAGAUGACUGGUGCAACGCUGCGGACGCGGUAGGUGUGGAGAACAUGAGCUCUUACCUUCCACAGGAUCUGAAGUGGGAGUCCCUGGCCGCCGCCUUGAGAGGACAGGUGCAUAUCAACACCCACUGCUACACCAUCCCAGACCUGGAGGCUAUGGUGGACCACACGAAUGAGUUCCAGUUCCCUGUGCGAGCAUUCCACCACGCACAUCAGACAUUCCUUGUGCCUGAAAUUCUCAAGCGCACAUGGGGAGGCCGGCCUCCUGCAUCUGCCAUUUUUGCCACGAACAUGUAUUACAAAGCUGAAGCUUACAUUGGAUCAGAGUAUGCUGGAAAGAUUCUUUACGAGCAAGGCCUGACUACGGUCUAUGUCAGUGACAACCCAGUGUUGAAUGCUCAGCACGUCAUCUUCGAGGCUGCCAAGGGCUACAAAUUCGGCCUGCCAUACCACGCCGCCCUGGCUGGUGUAACCAGUGAGCCCGCCGAUCUUCUUGGCCUCGGAAAAAGGCUCGGAAAGAUUAAGCCUGGCUUCGACGCAGAUGUGGUCGUCUGGGACAGCGACCCAUUGAGUGUUGGUGCGACUCCUGUCCAGGUUUGGAUCGACGGCACCAGCCAGUGGGAGGACCCAGUCGAGCUGAACAAGCCUGUUGCUGCACCACUCGUGCCGGACCUAGCCCUGAACUCUACGAAUGAGGAGACUGCACAGCUGAAGGACGUCUUGUUCACGGGCGUCUCCAAGGUCCUGAUCUCUGAGCAUGACAAGGCCGACGUGGCUGAAGCAUCCUUCAAUGUUGCCAUAUCCGGAGGAAAACUUACCUGUAUCGGAGCCUGUGAGGCGGAAAUGCAUGCCGCUAGCACCACAGGAACCAAAGUGAUUCACCUCAAGAACGGAUACUUGACUGAUAGUUUUACCGCUUACGGAUCGACAAUCGGCCUCAAUGAGAUCGACGCCGAGGCUAGUACCGACGACGGCGACAGCUCGGACGUAUUCAGCCGCGCAGCUGACGGCCUGGCCCUCGACAACAAGAAGCUCAAGGUCGCGCACGAAUUCGGCGUCACGCGGGCCAUCACUGCCCCCAAGUUUGCGGGCGGCUCCAACGUCGCGCGCCAGGGUGUCAGCGUAGGCUUCUCAACCGGGGCCAAGACGGCCCUGGACACCGGCGCCGUGUGGGCCGACGACGUCGCGGUACACUACACGCUUAGCCUCGCGGCGAAGAGAGACAAGACUCCCUCCUUGUCGAGCGCCAUCGGCGCGUUCCGUCACAAGCUGCUGACUGCUCUGACGUCCACCGACAAAGUCAAGGACCCGUACUCGGAGGAGGCAUACCUGAAAAAGGUCGUCGCGGGUGAACUUCCCCUCGCCAUCACUGUCCACAGUGCAGACGCCAUCGCGUCUAUCCUGAAGGUCAAGAAGGUGGUCGAGAAGGAGGGCGGCAAGCUCCGGCUCUCCAUCAUCGGCGGCGCCGAGUCUUAUAUCCUCGCCGAUGAGCUGGCUGCCGCGGGCGUCGGCGUCGUCCUCGCCCCGGCAGAGAGUUAUGCCACCGACUGGGACCAGCGCCGCGCGCUCUCUGGCGCACCGCUGACUAACGGAACGGCCAUCGACAAGCUUGUCGACGCUGGCGUAGUUGCUGCAAUUGGGCUCGAGGAGGACUGGCUAAUCCGGGACCUUGCUCUGUUGGCGGGGCGGGCCUACAAGAAUGGCGAAGGGCGGUUGAACGAGAAGGACGCGCUGGCGCUCAUCUCAGCCAAUGUUUAUAAGAUCCUGGGCAUUGAGUUGCCCAAGGCCAAGGAUGGACAUUUUGUUGUGUCUGAGGGGAGUCCGCUUGAGAUUGGAUCGAGAGUCAAGGCUGUUGGUGGCGGCCUUGGAAAAGUCUCUGUGUUUGAGUAG